AUGCCGGCAAAAAGUCUGCAGACACUAGUCAAGCAGAGAUAUCUGGAUGCACUGAACACAGUGCAGCCAGCCAACCGAUGGAAAAACCUCAUUGUGGACUCACAUACCAUGCAAUACCUGUCGGUUGUCAUACGUAUGUUUGACAUUCUAGAACAGAAUGUGACCCAUGUGGAAAACAUUGAAAAGAUGCGUGAUCCGCAGCCGCAUAUCGAAUCAAUGUACCUAUUGUGCGCUACGUCCCAAAACGUAGACCGGCUCAUUAAAGAACUGGCUCCGCCCGCUGGUCAGCCACCUCAAUGCGCGGCUGCCCAUGUAUUCUUUGUGGACGCCAUUUCAGAUGAGCUCGUGACAAAGCUUACGAACUCCGCUGCCGGUCCACGACUGAGGCAGCUUGUUGAACUGUUCAUUAACCUAUGGCCUAUCGAGUCGCAGGUGUUCUCACUGAAACAUCCCAGCUCGUUCUUCACGUUGUUCCAGCCUAUGGAUACCAAAUUUGCGCCAUCCAUGGACGAGUCAUUAGCUCUCUUGCAAGAUGAGCUAGAUAUGGCUACACAGUCGCUACUAAACUUGUGCGUCACAUUGAACGAGAACCCUAAGAUUCGGUACUUGAACGUCCCCGGUAAAGUUCUAGGCCCUCUUUCUGCCGAGGCCCAGGCAGAUACCAUUGAAGGUACAUUUGCCGCUGAUGAUCUUCGUAAAGGGCAGGGAGAAGGUCGGGUCCAAAUUGGUAUGCCGUUCACUCAACAGCUUGCUCUUCGUGUUCAAGAUGCCUUAGACGAGUACUGCAAGAAUGGCCAGAUGCUGGGUGACCCUGGUCGGCCCCAAGGUAUUCUCUUUAUCACUGAUCGCUCUAUGGAUCUGUUUUCUCCUUUCCUACACGAAUUUACCUACCAAGCCAUGGUAUAUGACUUACUCCCCAUGACCGAUGGCAAAUACAAGCACACGUAUACCAAUGCCGAGGGCGAAAAGGAGGUCAUUGAAGUGGAGCUUAAUGAAGAAGAUGAAACGUGGACCAAAAUUCGUCACUUGCAUAUUGCUGAGGCGAUUGAGUAUCUCACGCGAGAGUUCCAACUGCAUAUGGGUGAAACGGCCCAGUUUUCUGGCACACAAUCCAUUGAUGGCAUGCGUGAUAUGUUGGCCUCAUUGCCUCAUAUGCAGCAGACUAAGGAGAAGCUCUCUGUACACCUCUCCCUUGCUCAACAAUGUAUGAACAAGUUUGAAAAAAGUAAAUUGGCGGCGCAAGCUAUGGUGGAACAAAAUACCGCUACCAAUCAGACACCCGACGGUCACCGUCCUCGAUCCCUAGUCGAGGAUAUGGUGCCCAUAUUGGACGACCCUAGUAUCUCAAAUGGAGAUAAAGUGCGUAUCAUUGCCCUGUAUAUUUUACAGUGCGAUGGUGUGCACGAAGAAGACCGUCGUCGCUUGUUCCAGCAUGCUCGUCUGACCGGUGGUGAAGCUGUGACGAUCAACAAUUUGGCGCAUCUGGGCGCACGUGUAGUGCGAGAACAAUCGCAAUCCAGCUUAGAUGCGAUUUUCCGCAAGCGAAGAAAGACAUUGGCGCCCAAACUGCCGGCGGCUGGGCAGGCAGAAUACGAAUUGAGCCGAUUCCAACCUCUGAUUCGAACAAUGAUUGAAGAUCACGCUAUGGAUCGCCUUGAACAAUCCAUGUUCCCCUAUGUGCGUGAUGCGCCUCCUGAGGCGCCCUUGUCAAGCCAGAUUGCUUCGCGCUCAGCCUCGAUCACAAGCAGUGCGACAGAUAUGGCCACAUCUAUGCUGCAUUCUGCCAUUCAUGCUACUGGUGGAAAAGACUCGCCAUUGGCUCGUGUUGGGUUUGGCUUUGACGGGUCCAGCUCGUCACGCAAUCAGUCGCUGAGGACUGGUACGACGAGCUUGCGUAGUGCCAGGCCAACAUGGCACCAAAAGGGCCGCUCGGAAUCAGUGCCGAAUCUCUCGACCACGGGUGUGGGCGCUGGUGCUACGACAGCGGGCGCGCGGACGACGUCGAGAAUUUUAACGGAGAGCAGCAACCCCACGUCGCAACGAGUACUUGUAUAUAUGGCAGGCGGUAUGACGUAUUCGGAGAUGAGGACGGCGUACCAAGUGGGAAAACGCAUCAAUGCAGAUGUAUAUCUGGGAUCUUCGCAUGUUAUAACACCGACCAACUUUAUGGACAAUCUGCGUGUGAUGGGUACACCGCGGCAGCCUGUGUCUCCUGAUCUGCAUGUAGAAGCGCGCCGAAAGGCGCAAGAGGCAGAGCUCGAGCAGAUAAAGGCGAUUCAAGAAGGCAAAAAGCCGCCGAAAGGGCACAUGCUGAAGAAGCCCAAGUACCCCCAGGAGUUGCCUCCGCAGCAGCGCUACGACUUGCGGUACUCAACCCCAGACACGGUAUCGGCCGAGGAAUCGAAACCACAGAUACCUGAAAAGUCCACCAUGCGUCGUAUUUCAGAGAAUGUGAUCCAUAAAACCAGGGACAAUUCGGAAUCGAGUCUCUCGCCGCCCUCGCUGGAUCCGUUGCAGUCAGCCAAUUCGACACGUCGCGGCUCCUCGAUGAGCUUGAACUCAGACACAUCCAAAUCCUCGUCCCUUUCUCAGGGAGGUAGGCUACCUACGCGCCCCAAAUGGGGUCGUGAUAUGUCGCGCUUCAAAAGCGCAUUCUCCAUUAAGAAGUAUAUGCCUAUGUCAGGAGCUGCUCUUACGUCGGCAAAAGAGCGGCACUAUGCAUACUUGUCAUCUCGAUUGGAUGCCCUGUCUACUACGCUGCAGCAUUCGCAACAUUAUUUGACGAUAGCCAGUGAACAGGCCGCGUACAUGAAAGAUCUCGGCGUAGGCCAAGCUGCCAUCUUUAUGGCUGCCUUAGAUCAGGUGGACCGUGAGAAUGAGCAGUCGUCGUCGUCUACGAAAUAA